AUGGACACAGCCCACAUGUCUAUCCAGCUUUACCCCACAGAGCAACCUCUUGCCCGCCCAAACUCUCAUUCGCCAUCUUCAAUCAUCUCUAAUCCCUCCCGUAAUCCAACCCCAUCAUCAAACAUCACAAGUCCAAUCCCCUCAGCAACCUCUUCCAUCGAUUUCCCCUCCUCUAUCUCUCCUUACUCAACCUCGCCCUUUGCUAUCGAUGCCAACGGCAUGAAUCCUGUCGAACCAGACACACCCUCGGACCUAGACAGCCCCUCGGCUCAGGCCACGAACCAACAACCAUCAGAUGUCGACCCUCAGAUUCUAGAGGCGCUUAGAAGCAAAGAUAGGAUUUAUGUAUUGAAGCUAGGAGAGCUUAUGGAGGGUCUUAUCAAAGAACGCAGGCCAAGGGUCGACUUGACGCCCGCGACUUCUUAUCAGCGGUUGCUUGUCCACCGUUGUUCAGCCUACUACAAACUCGCCCCCGAAACAGAUCCUACCACCAAAGGUAUCUCUGUAUUGCCAACUAUAGAAAGCAGGAUUCCCUCUCGCCGAAUUUGUGAACUUGUUCCAGCAGAGGCAACAGCCCAACCGGCGUUUAAGAUUAUGCGACGAUCACCCCCAGACCGUCGGCCGAAACUACCACGAUCACAGACUGGCUCGGUUGCCGGCGAGGAUGCGGACCUGUCUGACGUUGAGCCUUCCGAGUCGGGAAGUUUGGGCGGGCGGAGUAAUGCUACUGGUGGUAGCAACAAAAAGCGAAUGACUAUAGAAGAACGCGCGGCGGCUUAUAACGAAGCCCGAUCCCGUAUAUUUAUGGGCUUUGAAGAAAAGGAAAAGGCGAAAGACAAAGACAUGAGCUCCAGCUCAUCAUCUCUCAGUCUCGUUUCUGGUUCUGCGUCUAUUGGAGGAGACGGCAGCAGUGUAGGCGAUUUAGAUGACUCUGCAAGCUCUCCAGCGACAGAGAGUGAGUGGUCGGGUCCUUCGGGUCCACCUCUCACACGAGACAAAAGGGAAGGCAGGCGUGGUGGAUCUGGCAACGCGUCUGCUUCAUCCUCCACGCGAUCUCUACGGUCGAAUGCGCCAUCCUUCAACGCCAAUGGCACUGGUAGUUCACGAAAUUCGCGAGCGCCCUCGCCGUCGUCCUUCACCUACCCCUCUCUUUACGAGCCACCGUCCUCAGGACAAAUGUACGAUCCAUCACAGCUCCCUGGCCCUCACAAUUCUGGAUAUCAUGCGGCGCAAUACAUUUAUCCGUACCCUGCACCAAAUCAACCUUUGAAUCAACCGUACCACUACCCAUAUUACGCACCUCAGUACAAUGCCUAUCAACAUCCACCGCAUCACCCCUCACGCGACGCGUCAGACUCUUCAAUAUCAGAGAACUAUCCACCUCUGCAGACUAUGAACUAUGGCAACCCCUACAUUUGGGCACCUCCAAACCAACCCCCAUUGCAAUCUCCUCCUCACAUGCAACAGCAUCCUCCACCGCCACCCCACCAAUCCCAGGCUCCUCAACACUCCAUGACAUCUCAUCCGCCCCAUUUCCAACCCUACAUGACACCAUCCCACCCUUAUCCCUAUCCAAUACCGGGAUACUAUCCCCCGCCUCCAGGGCAACAUAUGCCCCCUCCUCCUCCCCCUCAUAUGGGGAUGCAACAAUCCAUGUAUGAAAUACCAAGGGCCAUGAUUGGAAACAUGGUGGGAAACGACCCUAACCACGGAAAUUUAGGUAGUGGCGGUGGAAGACCAAACCUAGACAACGGUGUCAGCUCUAAUAGCAAUGGACGUUCGACAACGAGAAAUAACGGCGUUGUGCAUGGGGGAAAUGGAAAUGGCAAGCAGCGAAAUGGCCCUCCGAUGCCUCCAUCUACCCGUUCUUCCUGGAGCUACGGCCCAGGCAUCGGGAUAGGUGGCCACGUUUCCCAAUCGGGUAUAAAUGGAGGCGAAGCCGUUGGCCCAAGAUUUAAUAACACGCGGAGACAGUCUGGAAACAGCAGUUCCAGCAAUAGUCGGGCGUCGUCAAACUGCGAUGAUGUCUCUUCUACUGCAUCGUCAUCUACCACUUCAUCCUCAUCUCGCCGGACUUAUACUUCCACGACAUCAUCACAGCACCCUCUGCCUGCACGACCUGACUGGGCAGUAGGGAUAAAAGCGCAACCAUCCCUAGCAGUGCGCUACCACGAUCACACACUCACAAACCCACAUUCGAUGUCUCCCAUAUCUCCAUCACGCCCCCUCAACGGAAACAUGAACAAGGUAUCUCCACGUCAACCUUUAAACCAGGAGCAAAUGCCUAUUGUCUCACUUCAAUCCACCGAUUUUCCACCACUUACACCUGCAGCCGAAAAACGGAACCCAGUGGUAAACGGUGCUUGGGGAAACUCGUCGUCGACUCGUUCGAUUCUUUCACCCAACACAGGACACCAACCGGUGUUUGGGAACGCUUUGGUCAAUCAUAGUCCAAAUUCAAGGCUCGAGGAGCCUGCGCGCGGGCUUGAACGCCCUACUCCCAAGUCUUCAGAGUUGUUUAACCCCAAGAUUGUCAGGCGCACUGCUACGGGGUCAACAAACACAAACGGGAAGACGCAAGGCGAUAGAGAAAGAGAGACAGCGAGAGGAGAUGCGGUCGCCAACGCGAUUCUCGUUGCACAGAUUGAAAAGAUCUCAUUAGAGGAGAAGGGCUCCGAACACUCGCUGGUUGUAUCUGCAUCGUAG